AUGCGACCUCACUUUCUUUCACUGAUGACCCUGCUUGGGGGAGUAUCCUCAGCCUACGGUGCCGUAAUCAAGUCGUUCUCGGUGCUCAUAAACACUACUCAAGGCGCUGAAGGAGAUGCGUUCUGGAUCAGGGCUACAUCUGCUGUCUUCUGCGGAUUGACGAACGACCAAGUCGGGAAGGCGAUCCUGAGGUACACCGGUAGCAGUGGGAAUUUGACGACUUCUGAGCCAACUUCGAGCGCUUGGAGUGACCUCGCUACGAGCACCGAUGAAUGCACACCUCUCGAUGCAGCUUAUACCCUUACCCCUCGACAAGCUCAAACUGCUGCUAGCACCGCUCUGUCGACCCAAGUCCUGUCCAGUCAGGUCGGCGCCUUUGUCGAUGUCAACAAUAAUACCUUUGCCGGAUUCGCAUUCAACAAUACCGCGUACCAAAACCAGAUCUACAACCCUCUCCUCUCCGUCGUGCACAACGGCGACACCAUGAACAGCAGUCUGAUCCCCAGCAUCACAUUCGAAGACAACGGCGCUGCCAACAUCGUCCUCAACAACCUCGACACUGGUAUCGCCCACCCAUACCAUCUGCACGGGAACGCUUUCCAGCUCCUUGCCCGUGGUAGCGGUAUUAUGUCCGCAGCUGGUGUCGAUGCCCUCACCCUCUCAUUGGACAACCCAUUGAGGAAGGAUGUCGUUUGGAUUGAGAGCAACUCGUGGGCGCUUAUUAGGAUCAUGUCGGAUAACCCAGGCGUUUGGCCUUUACACUGCCAUAUCGACUGGCAUCUUGCUGUUGGAAAGAUGGCUGCUGUUGUCGUUCAGCCUGAUGCCAUUCGCGCGAUGGAUCUGCCCUCUUCUUGGUCUGAUCUCUGCUCUGGCACAGACCCAUCCGCUUUCGGGCCUGAUCGUUAG